AUGCCGUCAAAGCAAUCGAAGGUUCAGGUUGAGAGGCUGGCCCAGCAGAAGCCCAAGAAUGAUUCUUCUAUUCUUUCUGUUGUUUCAGAUAUUAUCCAUGAGUAUCAGCAGACAACCGCCUUAAAACUUAAGUUGAUUGACGCCUACCUCCUUUACGUUUUCAUUACCGGUGCUAUACAAUUCGUUUACUGUUGUUUAGUUGGAACAUUCCCGUUUAAUGCUUUUCUCGCUGGAUUUAUAUCCACUGUGGCGUCGUUUAUACUGGCCGUUUGUUUACGAAUGCAUAGCAAUCCCCAGAACGCCGAUGUGUUUCCCGACUAUAUGCCCGAAUGGGCCUUCGGAAACUUCGUUUUUGCACAUAUUGUACUUCACUUGGCUGUGUUCAACUUCAUGGGUUGA